ACCUAAAAAAUCCCAGAAGCUGCUGCUGUGAAAGGCAGUACUGAAUGCAGAAUGGAUUUUUUUUUCCUCUGCACUCGGGGAGGAAGCUGGCUCAGGGGUUCUUAGCUGCAGAGGGAGGGGCAUUCGGGCUUGGACUGCAGUCCUGCCUUGCAGCCAGGGGUUUUCUGGUUUUCAUUAAAAUUCUUGGGCUGUCUUUUGAGAUUGCUCCAUCGGAUAUGACUGUGCUGUAGCUGCGUGUGCUGUCCUCUCAGCCUCACACCCAUCAAAUACCAGUGGCCCCAGGAGGAGAGAAUCGAAGCCGUGUAAAUGAGUAUGGAAGAUUAUGAUUUCCUGUUCAAAAUUGUUUUAAUUGGCAACGCUGGAGUGGGAAAGACGUGCCUAGUCCGGCGAUUCACUCAGGGUCUUUUCCCCCCAGGUCAAGGAGCCACAAUUGGAGUUGAUUUUAUGAUCAAGACAGUGGAGAUUAAUGGUGAAAAAGUAAAGCUACAGAUUUGGGACACUGCAGGUCAAGAGAGAUUUCGCUCCAUCACCCAAAGUUAUUACCGAAGCGCCAAUGCCUUGAUCCUUACCUAUGAUAUCACCUGUGAGGAAUCCUUCCGUUGCCUUCCUGAGUGGCUGCGGGAGAUAGAACAGUAUGCCAGCAAUAAGGUCAUCACUGUGUUAGUGGGCAACAAGAUUGACCUGGCUGAAAGGAGAGAGGUCUCCCAGCAGAGAGCAGAAGAAUUUUCUGAGGCUCAGGACAUGUAUUACCUGGAGACUUCAGCCAAGGAAUCUGAUAAUGUGGAGAAACUCUUCCUUGACUUAGCAUGCCGACUCAUCAGUGAAGCAAGACAGAACACACUGGUGAACAAUGUAUCUUCACCCUUACCCGGAGAGGGGAAGAGCAUCAGCUAUUUGACUUGUUGUAAUUUCAACUAAAGGCUGAGAGGCAAAGAGAAUCAAAGGGAAUCAGUAGUUGCCUUGGUGGGCCGUAUGUUGCUAGGGAAUCUGGCAAUGACUAUGGCUCCCGCUCUUGGACCUUCUGACUCCUGUAGGCUCCAGAGCUUACAAAGCAUGCAGGCCAAGGGCCUUGCCUGCAGGCCAGCAUUAGCAGAACACAUAAUGGUUUUACCCUUUUGCAAUCUGGCAUUGGAGCAAGGAGAAAAUUGCACUAAGCGCUCCAUGAUCUGCAGAGCAUGUUGCUUUUGUUUUUAAAAAAGCAAGUAAAAAUGCAUUCCUGAACACAGUGCAGGGGAUCAUAUGCUGUAGGAAUCUCUCCUGCGUGUCAGCGGGUGCACGUGGGGUUGUUUUUUAGGCUUCAGUGGUAAUCUGGUGCCAUGGUUUUCUUGUCUACCAGGUAAACCAAAACUGGAAAGGCCAAGUACUGUCUCUGUAGUACUUACUGAUGACUCCAUGGAGAUUUUGAAAAGUGUUAUUUCUUUUGUCCACAAGCACUUUCAAAACCUUUGGGAUGUAAAAAUGGAAACUCUUCUCAUGACCAACAGUAAAAAUUAUUGUUUAAUAAUAUAUACAAGCUCCAUGACUCUUUGGUGCUAAUGAGUAUGCUAUUUCACAGACCAAACAUUUUAGUACAUUGAUACCCUUAGAUAUAUUACCUAGAAAUAAAAUGGGGGAAAUCCAUGAAUCAACAGUCUUUUUCAGAGUCUCGUUCCAAUUUUAGUAUAUGUGCUGCUGAAGCGAGCACUUUUUCAGAGUCUCAUUACCACCUUUUCUAGGAUUGGUUUGGACAUGAGAAUCCUUUUUCUUUCAUAUUCUCCUUGAAAUUUCUUAACUUUCUUUUAUUCUUUCAUAGUUUUCCUGCCCUUUAAGUAAAUCAAAGUCUAAAAAAAAAAAAAAUAGGGAAAAAUCCAAGUGGAUGAUGACAUUCUAAUGAAGAACAUUAGUUGUAAGACAUUUUGAGUAGCAUGAGAAAUCAGAGCAGACAUGACCAAAAUACUGUGGAAUAUGGACUGACUGCAAGAGCCAGGUUCCAGACAGCACAGUCCUCUGUAACAGGUCACACCUUUUCUUUUCUGGAACUAUUCUUGGGUAGACCAAGGUUUAGAAUUUUGUAGACAUUUUUAGUAUAAUAAAGUGAGAACAGCAACAGAUGAAAAGUCUCACAAACCAUUUUUGUAUCUUCAGUGAACUUAGGAAAGUCCUGCUCAGGAAGCAGGCUGAGUUGUCAUGUAUUAUAUUAAUGUUGACCUCAGAUUCAUGACCAUACAUUCUUUUCCCUUUACCUUUUUUUCCCUGGUAUCUCUGUAUAGCUUUCUUUUUCCUACUCCUUUUUCUCUUUCCUUCCCAUGCUGGUAUGCAUGUGUUACUGGAAAUCUCCAAUUCAAAUGGAGGUAUAUAUGCCUUUACUUAGCCAAUUAUAAAACAGGACUCAAAUUGGAAGACAUGCUGCUUAAUGAGUUCCUGUUUCUUCAGUACCAUGCUUUGAUACCUUCCAAUUUGUUCACUGUCAUCAGAGCAAAUUGCGACAGUAAAUUAAAUCUGUAUGCUGUUGAUGUUGUUAGGUGAUUCUGUAGCUUGCUGUAUAGCAUAACUGAGUGAUGAAUCAUUGAAUGAGGAUAUGACGUGUAAUUCCACUGUUGGUAUUGAUGGCGAUAAUCUUGGACCUGACAUGUCACUCUUGGAAAGCUACUGAAUUGUAAAGCAGUGAGUCAACACAGCAGGAUAUUGAUAACACAUUUCUAGUAGAUUCUGUAAUGUCCAAUCUCUUUCACAUGUAUUAUUUCCAGUCAUUGGUAUUGUGACUGGGUCACUAUGCUUUUCUUAAUUCUAUAGGAAAGAGAAAGGCUUCCUAAAAGUUUGGGCUGCUUUUCCUUUAUACAGGAAGAAAUCACUUUAAUGAAAAUAAAAAUCAUGCAUAAUUAGUUACCUUUACUUCUUUAUUAAGUCAGCAACUAAAGGCAUCAGAAGAUAAACUAAUCAAGGUUACAGAAGAAUUUAUCUUUUUACUGUGAAUUUUCCUAAAUUUAGAUUUAUUAAUUUUCUUUACUGCAAAAUUCUGAUCUCAGCAUAUGAUGACUCAGCCUUGUCUCACAGCAGUAUUUUAAAAAUUAUGUGUUGUGAACUUCAAGGGCUUUGUUAGAUUGGACUAAUUUAGCUCCAGAAUAACAGCUUUUGGGGUCACAUUAUUGUUAUGUUAUUUGCAUUGCUUAGGGAUUAUGGCAUCCCAUCUGCCCCUUCAGGUUCAGAAGGAGCUUCAAGAGCCCUACUUCAGGUCUCUGUCCCCCUGGGCCUCCAUAUCUUUUAGUGAAUCAGUCACCAACGCUUGACCAUUUAGUGUGGCCCCAUCAGAAGCUGGGCCCUUAUGUUCCACAGUUCCAUGAAUUUAAGAUCAGGCAUUUUGGAUAUUCAGUGAUGUAUCUCAAGUUUGAGAACAAUCCUUUACAAUAUUGUAGGUGCAAUAAAUACCAGUCGAAUAAAUGAUUCAGUGCCAAGAUAUUUGUUUGUUUGGUUUUUUGAGACAGGGUUUCUCUGUGUAGCCUUGGCUUUCCUGACUUUGUAGACCAGGCUGGCCACCAACUCACAGUGAUCCACCUGCCUCUGCCUUCCUGAGUGCUGGGACUAAAGGUGUGCACCACUGUGUCUGGCUUGUUUGUUAUUUCAAAAUGGAAAUCAUUAAACUGGUCCUUCAGAAAGAAUAAUUUUAAUCUAGGACAGAACAUAAAUUUUAUUUUGCCUAAUAAUUCUCAUUGUUGGGGCAAUUUUUGCUCAGAUAAGUCCCUUUUACAUAAAACUAUUUAAUGGUGAAAAACCCAAGAUUUGGUUUAUGUAAUGUAGUUUGUCUCAUCCUGACAAGACCAUCUCUUCUUCCAUUUCCAAUGAUUGGGGUUUUUUUUGUUUAAUAAAAUUAUCAAAUAUGUGGCAAUAUUUUGUAGUUUCCAUUGAAAACACAUGUUCAGGUUAUAGAGUCAUGCUUGGAAAAGGUCUAUGGAAUCAUGUAAUAUUCUGGUAUGGGUUUGUAUAGACUGUGUCCUCAAAGAAACUUAGCGGGUUUCUCCUUUUCCUACACAAAGCUGUGUUUCUUUGUUUUCUUUUAUUAGAUCUGUUGCAUUACAUUAUUAUUUAAUUAUAUAGAGCCAAUUAUCUUUUGCAUCGACCUGUAAGGUUACAUCAUCGGCUUUUUCUGGCUUUCAUCCUCCCCUCCAUAUUUUAGUCAUUUUAUGUCAGCAUCUUUCCCUAAGGGGAAAGACAGUAACUAAAAAUGAAACUGAAAUUUAUUAGCCCGAGACAGUAUGUCAAGUUCUGAUUUUGAAAUUGUUAAGAAACCACUGACCAAAACAAGAUGUUUGACUCAAAGCAGUGAGGCUCGAUGGAGAGGGAGGAAGCAGAGUCUUUAUCUUCUGUUCAUAAAAGUGCACCUUGGAAGGAGCCUAGUGACUCCCAGGGUUAGAUCAAAGAUUUGCCAGUCUCCUCUUUAAGCUAUCUCACAUUAUCAACUUAAGUUAGACUAAUUCUGGGAAAAAAAAAAAAGUAACAGUUGCAAAUCAUUUUGAACUUGUUUUUCUCCCAUGUAUCAAUACCAGUGGCCUUAAAGAUAGGGAAAGUUUCUAAGUCUCAGUCCUACAGAAUGCUAUGCAUCUCAUGGCCAUAUAUAUACUUAUUAGGGAUCACUUUCCUGUUAGCUUUUAAAAGAAGCUGUGGGUUUGCAUGCUUUUUUUUUUUUUAAAGAAUUUUUAACUGCAAGGGUUUACUUUUUUCCUUCAACCACAGUCUUGACAGGCGUGUUUCACAUCUCAGCCUUCUGACAAAAUGUAUUCCACAUAAGCAAUUAUUUUUAAACAAUAAAUGAAAAUGUAUUUUCUUCUGGGCACAAGUUCCUGUGGCACAAGUUUAUCUAUGUUUGAAAGGAAAGUUGCCUUUCCCUUACAACACAGGCAAUAUUGGCUUACAAUAUUAUCCUUUCAGGUCAGCUUUUAAUAUUGAGUAAUAUAGAUGGUACUUCAUCUCCUUCCUAAAUCAAAGGAUUUUCAUGUUAUAAUUAUUUCUGGUAGGCCUUUUUUUUUUUUUUUGUAAGACCAGAUCUCAGUCAGGCUAACAUAGAAAUCACAAUGUAGUUCAGGCUGCCUUUGAACCCAUGUUAAUUCUUCUGCCUCAGUCUCACUGGGACUAUAGAUAUGAGCCUAUGGCUAUCUUGGUGAUCCCCUCUUUGAAACUAAAAACAAAGGGAUAACUAGUGGUGUAAGUGAAUAUAACACAAGAUAGUUGAAGAUUAUUUGAAUUUUUGUGGGGCGUGGCAGAGAGAGAAAUAUAAUUAAAAGAUACUUCAGAGAGAUAGAAUGAAACCCACCACACUGAAGCCACAGAGACACUGAUUAUGCUGUGUCAGGGGAGAAUUUUUGCAAAACAUUGGAGUCCUCUUGUAAUAGCUGCCUUUUUGUCAAGCAAAGGGUAGAUACAAACUGUGCAAAGAAAAUGUGGAGAUGACCUACAAUGUUGAGGAUUGGCCCAGAUACUUUAUUAAUUCAAAAUCCUAAAUUGCAGUGUCUUUUCUUACAUGCAAUUAAAUAUAUGUUGACCAAUAGUUAAUGACUUUUUUUGAAAAAAGGCUAUUUGUUCUGUCACAAAUGCACUACUCUAGGGAAAAUGCUGGCUACAUGUUCUUAGACCAAGAGACUGACCUGCUAUUAAGACUUAAACUAGAAAUAAAUGUCUUGUCAGUUCCUAUUAAAAUCCAACUGGCUUCUGAGUUAAAAACAGAAGAGGUAUCAUUUUAGCAGAGGCAAUAUGAAAUCAUGCCAAUUAUUUAUCUCAUUUGACCUAAUAAGCAAUGUGUUCUCCUCAGUAUGUUAGAAGUGGUUUAGCAUAGGAGAAUCGUCUAUUAAAGAUCACCCCAUAGUGUUCCAUGAGAGGGCCAGUGGCAGAAAGCCAUCCUUAAAAUCUGCUUAGGAAGUCUCAAAUGACACUUGGUGGAUUUCCUUGAUUCUGGAGAAAGUGAGUUUAAAAGGGGUAAGGUCAAUCUGUUUCCUGUAUAAUGUAAAGUACAUGCUCAAAGUACAAAACAGGUCUUUAACUUGAAAACAAAAGAACUAAAAGCAUUUUUUUCUAAUUAUUUACAAAUAGUUCCAUUUGUAAAAUUGUUUGCACCCUUUCCAGUCUGACAGGUGGCUCUUGUUUAGUUUUUAGAAAAGGAAAUCAUUGCUCUUGAAUCAGUACGGAAAAAAACAUACUUGAAUUUGGGUGGGAGUUUCUCUGGUUCCCUUGGAAUAAGAAAUUGGAAUACAAAGACUAGUUGCCAGUUCUUCAUUGACCUCAUCAGGUGUAUGAGUUUUUUCCCCCAAUGAUUAAAAGCAGAAUGGCAGAUGCUGAACCAUAUUCUGAUGAAAUUCUUGGUCAUUGUGACUGAUACUUCAGAGAACAACAUAAGAAGUUUAAAAGUGGAGCAUGAGGUUACCCAUGUGCAGUCCUACAAUAUAAAUGUUAGUUGGGGCUUUAGGCAGAGUUUGAGCAGUUUUCUUAUCUUUGAGAUGAACCUGUUAGGAGUUUGCUGAAAAUUAGGUGAUAUAAACUGAAAUAUAUAUUGCUCAGCAAAUAGAAAGCACUCAAAUAUUAGGGUUGUUUUUUUUUUUUUUUAACUCUCCCUAGUUAAGAAUGGACUUUGGGGUCCAGGCAGUAGUGGCAUGCACCUUUAAUCCCAGCACUUGGGAGACAGAGGCAGGCAGAUCAAUAUGAGUUUGAGGCCAACCUGGUACACAGAACAAUUUCCAGGACAUGACCACACACAGAGAAACCCUGUCUUGAAAAAUACCACACACACACACACACAAAUAGACUUUGGAAGUAGGAGCAGUAACAUAGAUGACUUUAGUCCCAUGUAUCUGGGAAGCUGAGGUGGGAGCUAGGGCAACUAUAGGGACACUCCAUAUCCAAAUUUUAAGAAAUGAUUUGGGUCAGUCUGUUUCAAAGAAAAGAAUUUCAUUUCUACAAGGGUUCCUUAAAAGGGAGUGUCUGAUUGGCUUUGCUUUCAGAUGUCAAGUCACCCAUUUCUUUCCAUGCAUCUUGAGAGACAUUCUGUUUCAAUAGAUGAUUCCAGGGUUGUAAACUCCUUAUUAUCAGGAAACUUUCUCUUAGAACUGAAAUACCUCACAUGCAAUGCAAACCUCUUGUUGAUCUCAUUCUCCUUGGGAAGAAAAUGGCUUGGUUGUUCCCUGUAAGGGGUCACAUUUGCUGUCUAUUAUUGCCCUUUGUCUACUCUCUGAAAAUUAAGUCAUAAAAGCAUGUUAAGGUGGUUAUGUUUAUCUUCUUGGUGAACAUCAGGAUAGUUGUAGGUUAACUCUUAGUUUCUUUCUGCGAUCAGAUUUAGAUAAUCACACUGUUGAUUAGCUCUUCAAUUACCCAUGCAUUUCUCCCUUUACUAAUAAUGUAUAAUGGAUAUCCAAGUAAGACUAAUUCUAGCUGUGUGGCUCUUCUUUCCAUCUGUAGGUAAAGAUGAUAGCAUAAAUCCCAGUUAUGUGAUCUUCUUUUAGAAUUUAAUUCCAUAUACUACAUUAUUUGAUGAAUGUAUUACGAAUACUCUAAAAUAUUUUGAUUCUCCUUUUUAUGUGUGUGCUACAUUUUGAAAUAAAAAUUGGGGCACUAACAGAGCAAUAGAGUUUUGCUCUAUUGUCCUAAUAGAGCAAAAGUUCAUAUGAAAAGAAUCUGUUUGGUUAGAAUAACUCACUAGUUGAUGAAUGGCACAUAGCUUUUGUUUAAGAUUAUACAGUUAUGCCUGGAUUAAAUAAUAAUAAUAAACUUGGUAACGCCCUCUGAAAAACAGCUGCUAAGCAUACUGCUUCUGGAAUGUAAUCAUUAGGAAUAAAUAUUCUCAUCUUCUAUACAAUUACAGAAUGUUAGAGGAACUUUACUGUAGUCUAUUUGACAAUGAAUGUCAGUUGAUUUACUAAAUGAAUACUUUUACAGUAAUUUUAUCCUUUUAGGGCUAAUUGGGACCUUCAGGCCCCUGGUAUAAAACAUUUCAAAUGAUUAGAAUGCUGGCUUCUAACUUCUACUCAUUGGGAGUGUCCGCCUAGACAUACCAGAUGGUUAGAGCUCCUUUGAUGGUGUGUAAACAAGAUGCACAAAUCUGUCUUAACUAAUGCAUGCGUAAAACUGCUGUUUUCAGAAAAGAAAAAAAAUUCUGCUAAAAUUUCAAUUAAUAAAGAAUUAAAAUUUGAAAAAAGUAUGCCCUGUAUAUUAUUGCACACACAUUAAAUGCAUGACUUUUAGCAUAGACGUGAAAUAAAAUAUUUAAUUCUGGAGAUCUCAGCAGCUAGUUAAAAUAGUUACAGAAGUUGCUUUGUGAAAACUUAGAAAAUCCUUGAUUUUCAUCAUUUUCUCAUCUCUCUAUUAAACCAGGAAUAUUUUAAAUAUACAGUUUCAACAAACAGGUUGACCAGUGGAUUUUUAAUGAACUUAAUUCUCAAUAUAUGGCUACUGGUUUUAUGCAUAGGCUCUCUGUAAACUCCACACAUAUAUAUACAUAUAUAUCACUAUAUAAACCCUAAUAAUCUACUUUACUGUAAGCAUAGUUCUUGGUUUAAAUGUCGAUAUGCAGAUAUUAACAGUACAAUAUAUAUUUUGUAUUAAGUUUGCUUAACAGAAAGGUCAUUAGAAAUAAAUAUAAGCCAUUGGUAACCUGAAUACAAUUAGUUAAAAACAUUGUAUAGAAAAGUGAUUUAUAAAAAAUCCAGUCCAAUUUCAAAAGGGGUCAAAGAGGAACUAGGAACUCAAAAAAAAUUUUUUUUAAAGUAAAAUUAUAUCUUUUAAAAAUUCAGAUAAUUCACACACAGUAACUCACUAUUUUGAAAACUCAGUGUUUUUAGUGUACUCACUAUAUUCUACAUUGUCACUACUAUCUAACUUGAGAAUAUGUAAUUCCAAAAGGCUCUGUAUCUAUUAGUAGCCAAACCUCCUCCCUUGUCAGCAUCUGGCAACAGUCCGUCUGCUUUCUAUCUAUGGAUCUCUCUUCCAUAUAAAUAUAAUCAUACAAUGUGUGGCCUUUUGUGCCUGGCUUCUGUUAAGAUUUUCAAGGCUCAUCUGUAUUGUAGCAUGAGUCAGUAAGUUCUUUUUAUGGCUAAGUAAUAUUCCAUCGUGUGUGUAUGAGUGUGUGUGUGUGAAUUUAUUUGUGAAUUAAUCAACUUUUGGACAUUUAGAUUGUUUCUACUUUCUGGCUAGUAUAAGUAAUGCUGCUAGAACAUUUAUGUAAUUUUUGUAUGUGGUCAUAUGGUUUUUUUCACAUCUCAAAACAAAUCAAGUAAUUUGUAUUAAUUUAAUUAGAACCUUUUAAAGUCCUCCUCGGAGAAUGAAACUUAUGAUCUUGGUUAAAUUGGUCAAUUGGACUCCAGAAUAAUGCCUAGCUGUCAGGUAUAUCCAUAAGAAUCUUUCUGUGAAGAUGUCAUUUUGAUAUGGUUAUCAGUUUCAUGAGGACUCCUUCAGUCUUCGUAGAAAUUACAUUGUCAUCACUGAGAAUUUCAAAGUGUUUUACAUUCCUUUAUGACAGUUACCAAUCACUCUGGAGAGGGCAUUCAUUAAACCUUGUAGGAUCUUUCAAUCAAUGAAGGAGCAUUUUAAAGGCAUGUUUCCUAUGUAUUAACAAUCUCAACAUUUGCAUCUUCCUUCUUGGAAAAUAGAUCAUCAAAUUGCCAAACCUGCUGACUGUUGUAGUUUAAGUUUUUAUUAUUAAAAAGUAAUUCAUAAUGAGAGUAAAAGUGUAAAGAAUGUAUUUUGUGUGCAAAGAAUGAAUGUAUUUAACAAAUUUUUUUAUUUGUAACAAUUUUUUAAAAAGUUGAAUGGAAAUUGAUUUCCCAUGUACUUGUACAUAAAUAAAAUAUUUACUGUUGUCCCCAA